AGUACUGGCCGACUGACGGUUUCUUUUUUAAACGUUGCCCCCACACUAGAAUUUACUCCUAUGUCGUUCGCGCGUUUACAAACAUACAAGUUCACAUACACAUCACACCCAGACCCGGAACAACAAUAUGUGGUUCACACAAAGAGUUACUCUGUGCGGGCAGCUGGUAUUGAGUUUUCUAGGAACUUACAGUUAAACAUUCUCAGUUAUAUUUUGUAAAAGUAUUACUAGAUGUUGCCGUCUCUUACAACGGACCUUCUUCUGGACUGGAUAAGCUACGUGACCCACAACUCCACAAUUCAGGAUCUCAGGAUCCCCUUACCUAAGCCACUUGGAAUUGGCACAAUAUGUCUGCUUUUUUCAUUCUCCCUUAUCAGACGUCAUCCACAACCUCCUUUUUCUUACCAUACUUCACACACUAUUUACUUCUCUUUUCUUUAGUUGUCCUCUUCCUGUUUAUCCACAUUUAAAUUCAAGACACAAUUCGUUGAAAAUUAAAAAUAGUACCUAGGUAGAUACAAAAUAAAAAUAAUUUACAAAAACAACCAACAGAUAUCAUUCCAUUUACUAGGGAGCUAUGAUGGCACAAACUAGCACAGAACUUACAAAUUAUUAUAAGGAGUUUCUAAGGAAGAUCUUUUCUAUAUGUCUGUGUUAAGACGAACUAAGAGCACUUGAAAACAAUCACAGUCGUAUAAAAAGUUAAUGGUCUAGCAACCCAUGCCGGCACCUAAUAAAUAUUCAUACAUAGAUAUCUCAUUACCAUUUAUUUACAUCACACCGCAAUGUAUUCGAAGGUGAACAAUAAAGUACUUAAACGUUUCAUGGAAUUAUCAUUAUAAUGUGAGUUUUUACUAAAUAAAUACAUUUUUCAAAUAAAAAUUUCGGCAUUUUAUUCGACAAUCUUUUUAAAUAUGUUGGUACGUAGUGUUAUGACAAGUUACAAGUGUGGUCGGAUGUUGUGGAAUACCGCGCGAGUGGACAAAAAGUUUGUUUGCAUCAACGCCGCUAUGAACCAGUCGACCGAGGCCGGAGAUAAUAUAACGGAUGUUCAGGCAGCAUCAUUGAAGAAAGACAUGUGCUUACUAGUGGAUGAGAGAGACAAUAUCAUAGGUACUGCGAGCAAGAGAGAGUGCCAUAGAGUGGGGCCUGAUGGCAUGGUGCCACUACACAGAGCCUUUAGUGUUCUCAUGUUCAAUUCCGCUGGAGAACUGCUCGUUCAGAAGAGGGCUAGUCAAAAAGUAACAUAUCCUAAUGCCAUCACAAACACAUGCUGCAGCCACCCACUACUCAUAGACGGUGUACCGGAGGACGUCACAACCGCCGCUAUACGCAGACUGAAUGAGGAACUAGGGAUACCGAAACAACAGCUGAAUCGGGAAGACUUUACACUUAUAUCACGGUUCAUAUACGCGGACCCUGGCGAUGGAGUGUGGGGCGAAUACGAACUGGACCACGUGCUCAUCCUGAGGAGCGACGCACAAGUCAAACCCAACCCUAACGAAAUCGAAGACGUCAAAUAUGUCGCUAAAAAUAAGAUGGAUAGUUUUAUAGCAAACCAGAAGGAUCCUAUCACGCCAUGGUUCAAGUUAAUACACCAACACAUGCUGCCGUACUGGUGGGACAACCUUCACCGCCUCAAAGACAUCGCAGAGCCAGACAUGAUACACUCCUUCGUAAAUAAAGAUUUAUAGAGAAUGCAUAGUUUUUUAUACGUAAGUAUGUACCUACAUACUUAAGUGGGUACUUCCAUGCCAUUCUCGACUAAGUACUUUAAAGUAUUAAGUAUUGUAUAAUAAAACCAUUAGUUUGUAAGAAAAAAGUUAAAAAUAAACAUACAUAUUUUGAAACUACAGCUUUUAUGUAAUAGUUUAUGUUUUAUGUCAUGUAUCUUCGAAAUUAUUCGAAAAGAUUAAUGUACCAGUACCCACUAAAGUAGAUACAAUUUUGAUUGUGAGAAACAGCAUGAGUAGUGUAACUUCCGUAGCUCAUCUUAAUUUUCCACUGUGACACCUAAGCUUCACCGUCUUGUGCCACAGCCUUGGACAUAACUUUACUUCUCUAGCAUUCUUUGCUAGAGUCUAUAGUUACUGAAGGGAAUAACCUGGGUGUCUUCAAGGCUCGAGUGAAUAGGUU